GGAAAGUCCAUCUCCCCCCGAUCAUCGUCUUCUUCUUCUUCACAGCAGACUAGUUAAAGCACCAGAGAUCGAAGACCUCAUUGCACGCAGAGAGAUUCUUCAGCCAUUCUCCUCCUCCUCUCCGCAACAAUGGCGACUCUUCAGCUCCGUCAACUCCUCUUCCCGGUGCUCCUCUUCUGCGUCCUCUCCGCUAUACCCGCAGUCAAGUGCGACAGUGAGGAGGAUAAUCUUCUCCAGGGGAUCAACAGCUACAGAACAUCCAUGAACCUGACGACCCUCACGAAGAAUGACAAUGCCGAGUGCCUUGCCGACGCACUGGCGGACCAAUUCAAGAAUCAACCUUGUACCAAUGCUACAGGCGCCAACACCGUCCCCGGCACGGAGGCUCAGUUACCAGCCUACCCAACCCUUUUAGAGAAAUGCCAUUUGAAUGUGUCCAACACGAGGGAUGGGUCGGUGAUGCCUGCCUGUGUUCCCAACCUUGUCCCGAGCCUUGUCCUCAGUAACUUCACCCAGUCCCAAUACUCGGGGAACCUCAACGACACCAAAUACACGGGAAUCGGGAUCGGUUCAGAGAACGAUUGGAUUGUCGUCAUUCUGACCACGAGUACACCUGAAGGAGGUUAUUCGCCUGCCUCUUCUGACGAUGCUGCUAGUCUAUGCUCGAGAACACCAUUACCCUCCAUUUUUCACCUGUUCUUUCUGCUUGUGGGUUGUCUCCUUUUGCUUUAAACUGAAUUGCAGUGCUUAUACAGAGAACUAAUCUACACGCAAGGUAAGCCCAAGAAUAAUCUUAUUUUCGAUGUGUGAGGAUAAGGAGUUCAUUCUUUUGUUCUGGCCAUCACUGCAGCUCGAGAUGUAGUCCAGAUAAGAUCGAGAUGGAUGUUAUAUUGUUGUAAUAUUUUCCUCUUACAGAGUUGUCACACUACAUUCACUUUCUUGUUAUAUGGAAAAACCAGAAAUUGAGAUGUUGAUCAUUUGGUUGUU